AUGGCACCGGAUAGACCCCUACGCGUGGUCGCGCUGGUCUCCGGUGGAAAGGAUAGCUUUUACUCCAUUCUUCACUGUUUGGCAAAUGGGCACAGUGUCGUAGCUCUAGCUAACCUCUACCCACUGUCCAGAGUUGCCAGUGCUAAUGAGACUGACCUGAAUAGUUUCAUGUACCAGACCGUGGGUUACCAAGUUAUUCCAUUGUAUGCACAGGCCACGGGACUACCUCUAUUUCGCCAGCCUAUCCUGGGAACAGCGGUGGACCACGGUAUCAGCUACCAGGACCCUGAUGGUCACCAAGCAGAUGAGGAUGAGACAGAGUCCCUUGUCCCGCUAUUGCGUGCUGUUCUCGAGGCCCACCCGGAUGUCAACGCUCUAUGUACAGGCGCUAUACUAUCGACGUACCAACGAACUCGCGUCGAAUCCGUGGCCCUGAGACUGGGCUUAGUGCCAUUGGCGUAUCUGUGGCAGUUUCCCGAGCUUCCAUUACACAUCGCUGCUACGGAUGAUCAAGUUGUAGGUACUACUACUACUAAUAAGAACGAUGAUGCGCAGCUACUCCGCGAUAUGGCGGCCGCGGGGAUAGAGGCACGCAUCGUGAAAGUGGCUAGCGCUGGUCUAGGAGAAGAGUUUUUAUGGGAAAAUGUGGCUAGUGAGCCCGCUGUUACUCGCAUCCGCCGCGCGCUCCGACGCUUUGGAGGCGACGGGGGGCGGGGUGCCGUCCUAGGAGAAGGCGGCGAGUUCGAGACCCUCGUCGUAGACGGCCCAUCUGUGCUGUUUAAGGGCAGAGUAGUAGUUGAUGAACAUGAUACAAGUAUUGUACGUGAAGGCGGCGGAAGCGCCUGGCUGAGCAUACGUAAGGCUAAAGUUGAGAUGAAGCCGGACUUAGAUACAUCGUCCCAGACAGAUAGCUUUGGUGUUCGCAUCCCGGAACUGCUUGAUCUAGAAUUCAAGGCUGUUCUUGAGUCACUACGCGACGAGGGCGAGCUCGCGUACGGUCAUGACGGUCUAUCUCAGGCACUAUUACCGCUUCCAUCGAAUGUGCCUCGCUUGAGAUACAUUGAGCCUAGUAGCAAAGACUGGUAUUUUGUUGGAAGCUCCGGGGGUAUCGAAGACCAAACAGCCAGGAUCGUUGACGAGGUCCGUCGACAGCUAAGCGAACAUGCUCUACCGUCAACGGCAAUCGUCAGCUCCGUCAUCGUGUUAAGGCACAUGACGGAUUUUCCGACUGUCAACAAGCUCUAUGGACCUCUAUUUCGUGAACCUAACCCUCCUGCUCGAGUAACUAUCUCGUGCGGGGAUAAGUUAUUACCUCAAGGCACCGACAUAGCUGUUCUGCUCACCGUUCAACCUCACCUGAAGCGAAAUGAAAGACGUGGUCUGCACGUUCAAUCACGCUCAUACUGGGCACCAGCCAACAUUGGCCCAUACAGCCAGGCGGUGGCGUAUCCCCUGCUUAGUGGUGACGAGGGUCAAAAUAACGAUGCCCAAAACUCAAAGUCGCCUCUUGCGGUGUCCAUCGCGGGACAGAUACCCUUGAUACCCGCUUCUAUGACCCUGCCUCCGGUACUGGAAGACGGCGGCAGUAGCCUCUCAUUGCAAAUUACCCUAGCGCUGCAGCAUCUCUGGCGUGUUGGCGGUGAGAUGCAGGUCCAAUGGUGGAGCAGCGCCGUGGCAUAUUUUCCGCGCUCGGCCCUCCGGUCGGAAGCGAGACGCAGUGCGCUGCUUGCUUCUGCGGCGUGGAGCAUAGCGCACGUGGCGUCCUCUAGUCUGUCGACAGAGGCCUUGGAGGAGCCGGACCCGUGGGAUCGAAAGUACAAUCCUGCGUACAUGACAUACGGUAACAGCGGCAGUGACGAUACCGCCUCGAGACCGAGUCUUCCUGAUUGGGAGGUCCUGAAGGAUUUCGAUGCAGAUGCUAACGCUAAUGCCGAAGAUGGCAAGGCGGCCCACAGGCUACUGCCGUUUGCGUUCUCGGCUGAAGUCGACGAGUUACCGCGUUCGGCUGGUGUGGAGUGGCAUGCGCAUCUGGGAUUCGCGAGCGUAGGCGUCGGAUCUAUCCGGUUGUAUGCCACGGCCACGGUCUACCGUGCAAUCGAAGGCGAUAUUCCGCAGCUACCCCUCAGCAACGCUGUGGGCCGCUCUGCAGUAGCUGUUACGACGUCUUUGCUCAAACUAGUAUCGGGCUUGGAAUCCACUGACGCUGCUGCCUUCGUGCUAAAGCCGAAGUUGACAUAUGUCGACCCUGAGCACUUUGACUUCUGCGACGAUACAACACCUUCUUCGCUGAGUAAGGGAGCGAUGAUACCUUGUAGUUCUUUGUGGGAUUCGCAAGGACGUCGCUUGAGUAUGGUGGCUAUAUUCGAAACGAGGUGGUCUAAAGCACUUUAG